CCUCCCGUUCCGAUCGCCCAAUCCCGUGUUGAAAGCACGUCGCCGGGGUGGUUCUGAUGUGCUGUGGGACGGAUUUGAGAGGAGCAGGAUCUCUGUACCUGUGGUGGAACAGCCGUGGUGCAAGAUGGCAGGUUCAGAGGUUGUGUCUCCACGAUCCUCCCUUGAUAAGUCCAGUCGUUUGUAUGUGGUGGCCUGGACCAACAGGCUCCUGAAGACAGACUUCACAGAUGUGCGAGAGAUGGGCUCAGGUGCGUGUCACUGUCAGAUGAUGGACUACACUUUUCCUGGAUCUGUUGACUUAAGUAAAGUGAAAUUUGAUGCGCAAAGUGAGGAUGACUGCAGGCAUAACUACAGUCUUCUUCAGGAGGCCUUCACCGCGCUCGGGGUCACCAGGACCAUUCCUGUUGAUGAGCUCAUAGAAAGAGAUUUAAAGAGCAGCUUUGAGUUCUUGAAGUGGUUCAAAGUUUUCUACACUGCAAAUGUAAAUGACAAAGAUUACGACCCUGUGAAAGCCCGUAACGGCCAAGCCAUCGACCCACUUCAGUCGUCUGCCCAGUCACGAAGCUCUGACUCAGGAUCCGACGUGGAGAAGAACGGAGAGCGUAAAACACAUCCUUACACUCAUAAGUGGAAGGAAAACUUCAAGUGGGCAAGCCCCAGUAGUAUCGGAGAGCAGUAUACCUACUGCUUGUACUGUAAUAACAACUUAAACACAUUUAAGAACGGGGUCGCUGAGCUUACCCGACAUGCAAACACGAUGAAACACACAAAGAAAGCUGCGGUUUGGCUUCCUUGUAGUGAUGCAGCAGUUCGGUUCAUUAACAGUCACUGUUACACUGGAUCCACUGAAAGAGAACAGGCGCCGGCUAGCUUUGCACGCUGUAAGCUGGGAUCGCAGUACCCUGACGAUAUCGUAUCCAUUUGUCGACACACGCCCUACUGCGUUUACGUUUAUGGAGGGGUGGCAGUUGGAGAGGAAGAUGCGGUCUCUGUGAUUCUCGUGGGUUAUUUCAACGUGGAAAUUUCUAGACACUGCAUCCGAUUUCUGGAUGCCCUUCAGCUGGUGGACGGUGCGGAAGAUCACACAGCAGCAGCGGUGGUGCAGACCUUGAAGAAAUUUGAUCUGUCCACAGAUAAUCUUGCUGCUGCUGUUUAUAUCGGUAGUAAUGGUGAUGCCUCCGAGCAGAUUUACUCACAUCUCAGGGAACUCAACCCAAACGUAGUGGCCUUAGGAGGUCUGUACACCAUCGCUGAUGCCGCUUGUCACGCUGGGCUUAAGGAGCUCCCUAAUUGGGCUCGAGAAAUGAUGGUGGAUCUUCACGCACAUUACUCUUCCCACUCUACUAAUAAUGACAAUCUCAAGGCACUGUUUGGCUCAGAUAUCACCGAGAACGGCAAAGCAUUUUACCUCAACAUUAGUUGCCUUCGAUUUUGCCAGUUGGUGACAAAAAUCUUGGAGGUGUGGACAGAUUUAAUCUCGUACUUCAGUUCUUGUCACGAGGGCGAUGGGAAAGCCAAGUCGAUCUGCUCCCAGCUGAAGGAUCCCAAAGUCCAAGCCACAUUUAUGUUCCUGCAGCAGGCCCUGAAGCCCCUGCAAAGGUUUCACAGUCAAAUCCAGGCAGCUUCUUGGGAUAAUAUGUCCCUUAUCCUAGAAGAAGCCAGCUCUCUUCUGGGCACGUACACGUCUUACUUCCUUCAGCCUCAAGCUGUUAUUGACUACCUCAAGAAACCCGAUCCGGAAAUCCUAAAAAGCAAGGAACUCCAGCUGUCAUUCCAAGAUCUCAACCUGGGAGGCAUGGAAGACUUCCUAAAAGCGUCGAAGGCAACAGCAGUCCUGUCGCAGGUAGAAGAAGAUGCAUUGUCCUUCUAUGUUGCACUCACCGGCUGCAUUGUAGAGAAGCUGCCUUUAAGCGACUUGGAGCUAAAAAGCGUUGGUCAGCUGCUUAACCCUCAGAAAGGGCUGGACAUGACAGCAGCAGCAGUAGAGAAGCUGGGAACAAAGCUGGGGGUCUGCAGCUCCCCUGAGGAGGUCAAAGAGCUCACAGCAGAGUUUCACGAGUAUCAGCUGACUGGAGAGGGAGCGGGGGACAAGACAGCCCUGGUUUCUCUGGAGAAGCACUGGACGCAGACGCUUAAAGACACCAGGACCACCUCUGUCUUCAGGAAGCUUGUUUUGACCCUGCUGUCGUUCCCGUGUCCUCCUCUAGAUUCUCAACGCGUCUUUGCUGAGGCCUUAAAGGACGGAGACUCCGAGAUCUUUUCUGAGACUGAAGAUACUGCAGAAAGGGACUCUGACGCCACCUCUUACUCAGCUCUUAGAAACAGCGCUGAGGUGAAAGACUCCCAGGAUCACACUCCAGAAACAAAUGGCCUUGAUGCGGCGGUGAAGCCUUGUGAAGUUCGCCUCACAAAGAUGAGCUAUCUCAGUGACGGUGUGUGUGGAGUUAAUGGCGGUUUCCAGAAUGAGGGGACCAGUAGGGGAGGUUUUGGCUGGGAGAGCAGCUUACGUCAGAAGCCACCGGCCCGUACGGUGUUUCAGGCUGGUGUUGGCUCCUGGUCCAAACCCAUAGGCCUCGAUGCGGACCGCAGUAACGGUCACAAGUCCAAAGACGAGGCGUCCCCUUUCAGAAAAUCCACUCCAACCAAAGGACAGCACAAACAGUACCAGGAUGGGAAGGGAUUCCAGAUGGGGGAGCUGGUGUGGGGCAAACCGAAGGGCUUUUCCAUGUGGCCUGGGAUGGUGAUGCGUUGGAAAACUAAGUCCUCUCCCCCAGGCAUGAGAAGGGUGGAGUGGUUUGGGGAUGGCAUGUUCUCAGAGAUCUACACUGACAAACUGCUGCCGUUUAGUGCCUUCAGCCGGUGCUUCUGCAAAAAUUCCUUUGCCAGCCUGCCCCUCUACAGGGAAGCUCUCUACCAGAUCAUCGAGUUGGCAGCUGAGCGAUGCGGGAAGUCUUUUGCUCAUGCAGAAGGUAAAGAACAGGAGCUGAAGCUGAUGGUGGACUGGGCUUUUGAAGGAUUUCUGCCUACUGGACCUAAAGGACUCUUACCGGCUGACUCCUGUCCAGUUUCAGAGUCUGCUGACUCCUCCCUGUCUGACUCUCAGCCCGCACCAAAAAGAAAAUAUGUCUUUAAAAGUAAAGCGGUGGCUGUGAUGGUCUUCAACCGAGAAAAGAUCAUAGAAAAUCUCAAAGAGAAAAACAAAACUAUCAGAGAUUUUUGUUUGUCGUGUUCGUCGCCUGAGAUCAACGUGGAACAUCCUUUGUUUGAGGGUGGAUUAUGUCUGAGAUGCAAGGAGAACUUCUCAGAGACGCUAUAUCGCUACGAUGAAGAUGGCUAUCAGUCCUAUUGCACCGUGUGCUGCGCGGGGUCAGAGGUCAUCCUGUGUGGGAACUCCAGCUGCUGCAGAUGCUUCUGUAAGGAUUGUCUGGAAAUCCUGGUGGCUGAAGGAACCUUUGAGAAGCUGAAAGACAUCGAUCCCUGGAACUGCUUCAUGUGUAACCCGUCUCAGUGUGAAGGAAACCUGAAGCUGAGAUCAGACUGGCGUGUCAAGGUUCAAGACUUCUUUGCCAACAACAGCGCCAUGGAGUUUGAGCCUCACAGAGUUUACCCCUCGAUCCCAGCUGAUCAGCGCAGACCAAUCAGAGUUCUGUCACUCUUUGAUGGUAUUGCAACGGGAUAUUUGGUGCUGCGAGACCUCGGCUUUAAGGUGGAGCGAUACAUCGCUUCAGAGAUCUGCGAUGACUCGAUCGCCGUGGGAAUGAUCAAACACGAAGGGAAGAUUGAAUAUGUUAACGAUGUUCGCAACAUUACCAGGAAACAUCUGGCUGAGUGGGGUCCGUUUGAUCUGCUGAUUGGUGGCAGCCCGUGCAACGACCUGUCCAUGGUCAACCCUCUACGAAAAGGACUGUUUGAGGGCACCGGAAGACUCUUUUUUGAGUUUUAUCGUAUUCUGAACUUUUUGAAGCCAAAGGAGGGAGACGACCGUCCUUUCUUCUGGUUAUUCGAGAACGUGGUUUUCAUGAGUGCCCAUGACAAAUCAGACAUCUGCCGGUUCCUGGAGUGUAAUCCAAUUCUUAUUGAUGCAGUGAAAGUCAGUCCGGCUCAUAGAGCUCGCUACUUUUGGGGAAACCUACCUGGCAUGAACAGACCUCUUUCCUCGUUCAUUGAUGACAAAGUCAACCUUCAGGAUUGUUUGGAAGUUGGGCGCAAGGCAAUGUUUGAGAAAGUUCGCACAAUCACAACAAAGUCCAACUCCAUAAGGCAAGGGAAGGUAGGCUCGCUCCCCGUCACCAUGAACGGCAAAGAGGACUACCUGUGGUGCACCGAAAUGGAACAGAUCUUUGGCUUUCCCAAACACUACACGGAUGUGAACAACAUGGGCCGGGGGCAGAGGCAGAGAGUACUGGGUCGCUCCUGGAGCGUCCCGGUCAUCCGUCACCUGUUCGCUCCGCUGAAGGAUUAUUUUGAAUGUGAAUCAGGGCAGUGAGGUGACUCAGAGUAGUGCUAACCCAAAUGCCUUAUACCUCCAAUGUGCAGAUUCACCGCUCUUGUCAUCAAAAGACCUCAGUUAGUAUCGUCAGCUCUUGAAUCGUGUCGUUUGUGUUCUUCCUGUUUUUGUGUUUGUUUGUGAAAUCAUGCUGUGAUGUCAGAGCACUGGCCUGCGUCGCCGAGUGAGAGGAGGCGGCCAGCCCGCUCUCUUUGGGCUUUACUCGGGUUUUCGGUGACCCUAACACCGGUUCAUGUUCACAUUGUGGGAUCACCAUGGUAAUGGAGAAAGCUAAAUUCAGAGGACAAAAGUUAGACAAAAAGUUUGAUAAAUUGCAGUUUUAGAUUACAUAUCACUUUUUAAUCCUCCCACUGUCUUCAUGGGUGACCCGCCAGGAAAGUUGACCAUUGAGCAGGAUUGAUGGUUUAUCCCUUGAGAUCCACGUGGCAGGGGUGAGAUGGUGCUCACUCCUCACCCCUGCCACGUGGACCCAAGGGAUAUACCAUCAAUCCUGCUCAAUGGUCAACUUUUCUCGCGGGGUCACACCCAUUAGGACAGUGGGAGGGUUAAAGGUUUACUAAAAUAUGAACUCAUCAUAUGGCAACAAACAAUAACGUUUCGGUUCCUGAUGGGAGCAUGCUGGCUGUUUUAAGCUCUUUCUAGCCCCAGCAUCACACUGAGAGACCAGCACUGAGCUUAGGUUACCCAGGUGGUCACAACCAAACUGAACAUGCAGCUCUUUUCUCGGUCCAAGUGGCCUGUAACCCUGUAAGCAGGUUGCAUUUAACAAUGUGUCUUAUUGAAGUUUUAAGUGUAUUUAUUAUGUUUGGUCAUCUCAUAGCAGAAACGUUUUUAAUGAGUCAGUUCCACCAGUGAGCUUGGUGUCAGCUACUUAAAGAGCCCUGGAACACUUUUGUCCCUUUUCCAGCAGCACCAGUCAGCGCGACUCAAAUGGGUUCGGCCCGCUGAAGGAUUAUUUUCAGGGUGAAUCGGCUCGGGCAGCAGGCAGACGCUCUGGAGCAACCAGUGGCUCCGCCCCCUAGCCGAUCAGUGGCCGACUGUGUCAGACGCUGUGUUUUUGGAAUUUCUGUACACUAGCAACCAGAACGCAGUUGGCACUGAAAAGCUGGGGGGGGGGGGGGGGGGGG